AAUUAGAAUAAGUCUCUUCAGGCACCGGCAUAGUAAAAAUGACAAAAAAAUGGAAAUCAUUUGCUACUCGAUUAACUUUAUUUCAUCCCAUAUUUUAGUUUAAACGACGGAAAUUUUACAUUUUGCUCUAAAAACGAAUUUUUUAAAUUGUGUGCUUUUUUUUGUAAAAAAAGUAAUAUAGAAGAUGUCUGGAAACAUUCCUGCUGUUGUUGAAACUCAUUUAGAUGCUAUUCAUUGUACUUCUGAUGGAAGAAUCAUCCUGGGAUCUUCCAAUCUUGCUGGACGAUAUUGGAAUGGUUCUUUAUUUUGCUUUCCAACAGUUGAAGAUGCUCCACAUAUUGAAAAAUGCCUCACUGGUAUAGAGGUUUCUGCUGGUAUCUGCGAUAUGGAAUAUUUAAAUAAAGAUUAUGUUGCUCUUGGAUUGGACUCAGGUGGCUUGGAGGUUUACAAGUUUGAUUCAGAACCUGCUAAUUUUUCAUGGGUGUUUGGAGUUUGUGAACAUGAUGACUUUAUAUCAUCAUUAAGUUUGAAUGCUGAUAAAAGCAGUUUAGUUACUGCUGGUGCUGAUAAGUGUGUAAAAAUUUGGGAUGUUGAAAGUUGGGGUACAACUGCUACUUAUCGACCUGUUCAUGGGGGUAUAAUUUGGCAAGUGGCUUGUUCUUCUGAAGAUUCUAAUUUAUUCCUUACUUGUGGGCAGGAUGGAAAUAUUUUGUUGUUUGAUUUGCGUCUUCCUAAGCCUGCCUCUAUAAUGGAUAAUAAUUCUUUAAAAGAUGAACCUACAGCAUUAACAUGGCAAAUUGGUAGCCCUUCAUCUUAUGUAGUUGGUGAUGCCAGUGGCUUAGUAGCUUUAAAAGACAUCAGAAAUACAGGCACUGUGUGCUCUUGGAAUCCUCAUAAAAGACGCAUAUGUCGUUUAUUAUUUUCUAAAAGUAAACCUUGGCUUGCCUCAAUUGCUGAUGAUACAGAUGUAUGUGUAACUGAAAUAGGGGAAUCUCCUACUGAAGUAUAUAAAAAUGAUGAUCACCAAGACUUUGUUCGAGGUCUGACAUGGAAUGAAAAGAAUGAAUUAAUUUCUUGUGGAUGGGACAAAAAAGUUCUGAAGCAUGUGUGUGAAAAGGAAGAAUCAAGCUGAAGUUUAGUGUCAUAUUUUUUGUAUAUUUUUAGGACUUUUUCAAAAAUAAAAGCUGUAAAGUUAUAAAUUCCUAAUCAAAUCCUAGAUGGUUUGAUUUUGUCAUCUUUUUGUUUUUAAAAAAACUGAAAAGUAUACUCGGUUUUGUAUCAAAGUUUAAUAAAAUUAACAUUAUGCUACCUAA